CCUCACCUGCCUUUCCCUCCUCGCUUCUCCACCCUCCUCUCAGACAUGUGUCCCUCCACCUCCGGUGCCUCCCCCUCCGAUGCCGCCGCCUCUCACUCCCUCGCCCGCCGCGCUCUCGCCCUCGCCGCCCACUCCCUUUACACACCCUCUGAGCCCCUCACCUCGCACCCAUGGCACUCACAGCCGCCUAACACGCAUGCCUCACACACACACCGCUUCAAGCGCCACGGCUCACACUCACUCCCGGCCUGUACUGACUCAGGCAGCGGCGAGAGCAGAGGCGCAGGCGCAGCAGCUGUUGCAACAGCAAAGGACCCAGGAGCGGUAGCAGGAGCAGACGGAGCAGCAGCAAGGGCGCAGUCAUCAGGGGGAGCAGCAGCACGUGGCCAAGGGGGGGAAGAAGAGAGCAGAGGUCUUGCAGAAGGGCCUUGCGAUAGAGUCUCAGCAGCUAAGGGUGGCGUGUUGGCGGUGGGGGGUCACAUGGUGGUGAAGAUACUAGAGAGUGAGGAUACCCCAGGUACGGUGGCAGGGAGUGGUGGCAGCAGGGGUAGCGAGGGCUGUCUGUUGCUGCUGCCACACCUCUUCUCCUUCGCCCGCCUUCCACUCUCAACUGUCCCACAACUCCCCCCAUCCCCUCCCCCCUUCCCCCCUCGCUUCCUCCUCCCUCUCUCUCCCUCCCCCCUCCUCUCCUAAAGACUACGUGGGUGAUUGUCGCCAGCUCUUCUCAUCAGUCACGCGCCUUCGCCCCAAAGCCACGCGGCCUCCUCUCGCGAGAUUUACGUCAUUGCCAAGGGGUUCAGAGGAGUGUCAAGUGGUCAAGGGACUCGAUUUAUAGGGAGUACG